ACAGGAAGUGAACCAGCUGUGGAAGAGGAAGAGGAGAGAAUGAGCAGAGUGGGUGAGCUCUCUGACUGACGUCUCUCACAGCCAAUCCAAAUAUUUCUGGAGCAACAUGAGUUUCCUGAAGCUUGGGAAACUGACCAGUGAAAUGGAGGCAACUUUGACCAGCAGAUCAGAAGGAUUGUACCGUAAUAUACCAGAGAAUACAGAGAGGAUAGACACCGCAGAUAGAUCCUGACCAUCUUCCAAGGAACAACUGCACGACUGUGUGAUGACAUCCAGUCCCUUUACAGCAUUGCUCAACACAGAGAAGGUUGGGCCUCAUGAACCACUGACUCAUUCCUACAGGUGAGAGGCUGCUCAAGUGUGAGGAGGGCUCCAUAGGAUAGUAACACCUCCUAACAAGCAAGGUGCAUCAUUUACGAUUACUGUUAACACACGAACAGCUACAUGGAAGAAAAACCCUUCAAGUGUGAGAUGUGUGAUAAAAGUUUCAUGACAUCGACAAGUCUCCUGAGACACCAGAUGAUUCACACAGGGGAGAAACCAUUCAGGUGUGAGUUUUGUGAGAUGGCUUUCGCUCAAUCCUUCAGUCUCCUGACACACCAGAGGAUUCACACAGGGGAGAAACCAUUCGCAUGUGAGGUGUGUGACAAAUCCUUCUCGGACUCAUCCGCCCUCUGCAGACACCGACGCAUUCACACAGGGGAGAAACCAUUCACCUGCGAUGUGUGUGAUAAAUCAUUCUCUGACUUAUCGACCUUCCGUAGACACCAACGCAUUCACACAGGGGAGAAACCAUUCAGGUGCGAGAUGUGUGACAGUUCAUUUUCGCAGUCAUCAACGCUCGUACGACACCGGCACAUUCACACUGGGGAGAAGUUGUUCAAGUGUGAGCUGUGUGAUAAAGCCUUCAUAAAUUUCUCAAGGCUUCUGGUCCAUCAGACAGGCCAUACAGGGGCUAAGCCAUUCACGUGUGAGGUGUGCAACAAAUCGUUCUUAGAUUCCGCGGCACUCCGUGUACACCAACGUAUUCACACCGGGGAGAAACCGUUCACGUGUGAGGUGUGUGACAAAUCAUUCUCGCAGUCAUCGAACCUCCACACUCAUCAACGCAUUCACACGGGGGAAAAACCCUUCACGUGCGAGGUUUGUGAUAAGUCAUUCUCAGAGUUAUCGAAACUCCUCCUCCAUCAGAGAGUUCACACAGGGGAGAAGCCAUUUACCUGCGAGGUGUGUGACAAAUCAUUUUCACAGUCAUCGCACCUCCGCGUACACCAACGCAUUCACACAGGGGAGAAACCAUUCACAUGCGAGGUGUGCAACAAGUGUUUCUCAAGGUCAUCAAACCUCCUGCUUCAUCACAAGAUCCACACAGGGGAGAAACUCUUCAAGUGUCUGGUUUGCAGUAAAGCUUUCAGGACGUCUUCGAGCCUCCUGAGACAUCAGAGGGUUCACACGAACGAGAAACUAUUAAAGUGUGAGAUGUGUGACAAAUCCUUCUUGAGGACUUCCCAACUCCUGCUCCAUCAGAGGAUCCAUAAAGAGUUAUUACCGUGAAGACAAUCAAGGCUGAAUAGUCCGGUGCCUAGAGCUGGGACCGGACGCAAUCUCCCUGACCAUUAAAACUGGCCAUUGAAGCUGCUGUGACAUCAUUCCUGGCCACUGUGUGAUUGGCUGCUGGCUCCUUUGUGAUGUCACCUGGUUACGCCCCAUCACUGUGAUGUCACUCUGGGAAUUUGGAUUUCAGUGUCGAUGUGAUGCCAGGUACGUAGGCGGUACAUCCCAGCGACUGGCUGAUCGAAUCAAACAACAUGCUCCUUCGGCAGUUCAUAAUAGGCAGACUGGAUUCAACCAGCCAGGGCUUACAAAACCCAAAAGAAAAUGUUUACUGUCAGAUGUG